CAAGUACAAAGUAUGUUACACCUUCAUUCGACAUUCGUAAAUGCCAAAGUUAUAGGAGCGGAUCGUUUCGAAGUUAUUCAACGGACAGCAGAAACAGUGACCAUUUACUUUCUUCCCUCGUUAUUCCUUCUUCUUCAAUGAUCACGAAACGGUUGUUGCGUGUGUCUCUGCUGGUUUUAAUGACGACAUGCGCCAGCGGCAAUAGUUGCACCGUUAAAAAGCUGUCGAGCAUCCAAUCAGUAGCUGCAUGUCCAGGAUUCAAUGUUCAACUUACGCUGUAUACAAACCGUCACCAGCUGGAAGUGACUUGUUCCGAGAAACCCAAUUUUGAACUGCUUCGUAAUCUUCCCAAUCUACAAAGCUUCGCGUUCAAAGAGCUGGCCUAUCAGGACUGUCCACUCCCGGUCGGCAAUCAAUCGCUUGUGGAACUGCUCUCAGUAUUUCUCAACCUCACCGAACUAUCCUCCAUCCAAAGGUUAUUCUUCGUCGAUAAUGCGAAAUUUUCCGACCAAACAUCACUUGAUCCACAGCUCUUUGCCAGCCUGCCCAAACUACAGGUACUGUCGAUGAAAAAUUCCUCCCGCAUGCCGCUCGACAAUCCACAGCUGUUCAAGCACUUGCCCAGCUUAACGUGGCUCGAUCUGCGCCAAGGUGACGGUGGUAAUCGUACCAAUAAGGCAUUGUUACACCCACUGAGUCAACUGAUCACGCUCGAGUUGAUGGAAAAUGACCUGACCACCCUAUCUGCUGAGUUUGUUUCCGAUUUGCCCAGCCUUGAAUCAUUGACGUUGUACCACAAUCAGUUGGAGCAUAUCGAACAGUUUGCUGAGCUGCCAAGUCUGACUUCAUUAGACCUAACCUAUAACCAGCUGAUGACACUGCGGGAGGACGUGUUCGAUAGGUUGCCUAGCCUUGCAAACCUCUAUCUGGAGUGGAACAUGUUCACAGGCCUACCAACCGGACUGUUAAAACAUAACAGCAAGCUUACGGUAUUUCAUGCAGACAAUCAGCAUAGUUCCGGACUGGUGCUGGGUGAUAAACUGUUCGCAGGACUAACGAUGCUUCAGAAUGUGUCUGUAUCGAACUGUAAAAUAACCAUGCUUCCAGAAGGACUCUUUAUUGGAGCUACCAAGUUAAGCAAAGUUGACCUCAGCGGCAACCGGCUGCAAAGUGUUCCGGAGAAUCUAUUUCGUGAUUCACCUAACUUAAAGGAGCUCAAUUUACAAAACAACGAGUUAUUGAAGAUGCUGCCUGACACACUGUUGCGGGGUACCACUCAACUGCGCAUUCUUAUCCUUGGCCCUAACCAAACUAACAACCAUAUCAACAACAAUGAUUGAAUCCAAUUAUUGAUUUUUUUGCCAUUUUCUUUUUAUCCGUUACACAUCUAUCUCGAACGGUUUUGAAGCUAUCUCGAGGAUAAUCUGUAUAUGAAAAAUAGUAAAGCGAUCGUGUCUCAAGCCGAGUCACUUAAAACAUUCAAUCUCAGUGACAACCAACAUAGGGCAAAUGAGGCAGAUUGGCUCAAAGUUUCUAUAGAAAUAAACAAAAAAAGUGACAACCAAGUCGAACAGAUGUGAAAAAAACCAAACAAUUAUAUUCUACCUCGACAAUUGAACAAACCA